GGUCUUCGACAUGAUGCGGAUCCCGGGCGCUCCUGCGGGCACGAAGCCCCAGGACGCGCGCGGGGCCGCGGAGUGCUUCGGCGAAUUCCAGAGGCUGCUCCUCAUGCAUUCCAUCGACGACCCGCCCGGGCGCCUUGCGGUUUUCCAGGCGAACGAG